AUGGAGUAUACCAUUGACGUUUAUUUUGGUUUCUGUUUAGGUUAUGUCAAUUCAACUCUCAAUCCCCUUAUCUAUGCCAUUUUCAAUCGUGAAUUCCGUCGCCCGUUCUGGGAACUUCUAACUUGUCAUUGUCUAAAUAUCAACGCUCGACUGCGUGAACGGCGAUACCAACAUGAAUACCGACCUCCGCUCAUUUCCUUACCGACGGCUUCUAGUGGAGGUAAUCCCCGUCCAUCAAUUUCAGAGACCCCGAAUCUACCCAGAGGUCGAAAUUCCAGUUACCUACUGGAGAGAAGACGGAGUUCCACCUUAACUGAAUAA